AUGGUCACCAAGGUGGUUUUGCUUCUCGUUUUAUUCGGAGUUGCAUCUUCCAAUCUCCUGGACAGACGGAGGUGUGACCCGGAGCCAAAAACGAAUACACCAACUGUUUGCUUCAACUUCAAAAACAUAAACCACCUGGCUGCUAACCAGACAGGACUCAAAAACAGACAGGAGAUGCUUGAGAGAUCAGUGGCUAACCUUUCAAGCACAAUAAAUGAACUUUUAAGUAUGAAAACACAAACGGAGAUGGAAUCCAGAGGUAGAGAGACACAGCUCGAGAAGCAUAAAGUUGACAUCGCCAGCCUGAAGAGAGAAGUUCAAGAACUGGUGAAACAUCGGGAAAGAGAAGGGGGAAACUUCAGCGAGAUCGAGCAGAGGCUUGAUGCCACUGAGAGGCAGUUAAGGGAAAAAAAGGCCAAGCUGGAAAACCUGGAGACAGAAACUGAGGCUGCGCUGAACGACACACAGAGACUCCUGAAGCUGUAUAAGGAUCAACUGUCUCACCUGAACUUGACGGCUCGGGAGAUCGAAGUCAAAGUCGAAGCCCGGCUGGAUGCCACGGACACAAAGCUUGAAGCUCAACUGCAGAAAAUACAAAACAACAGUAAAGCCUUGAGCACAAAGCUGAACGAACAGAAAGCUGAAGUUGAUGGAUUUAAGGUGGAUACUGCCAUCAAAUUCAGCCAUGUUGACAAACAGCUGAAGACACAAAAAGCUGCGGUGGAGCAGCAGAAGUUUGACGUUGAGAAUCUCAAGAACGACUCUGCAGGAAUGAAACACAAACAAACAAACACAACACAACAAAAUGAACUCAAACUAGACGUGGACAGCCUUAAAGCAGAAGUCUAUGCCAAGGUGGCAUUUUCUGCAACUGCAACUGAAGGUCGUGAUGUGUUCAUGACUGGACCCAACCAUGCCUGCACCAGCUGCUCUGUCAUCUUUAACAAAGUCUUCACAAACAUCGGGAAUGCCUACAACAAAAAUACAGGCAUCUUCACUGCUCCGCUGAACGGCCUUUACCACUUUACGUUCAUGACGUUUGGCUACAACAAACACAUGUCAGGAGCCAUCCUGCUGAAGAACGGGCAGCAUGUGGUGAGCACCAUGGACUUCCCCAGCACGGACAGCAGCGACACCACCAGCAACACGGUCAUCCUCCAGCUGAACGUCGGAGACACCGUCAACAUCAAACUGUGGCAGGGCGGAAAAAUACACACAGGCGUCUUCACCGGGUUCCUCCUCUUCCCAACAGCUUAGAUCAUGGGGUUGAGAAUGU